AUGGCGCCUUUGUCCGAUGCGAUCGCUGCAUACAAGCAGAAGCGAUUUGACCAUGCCGCACUCGAAGCUAUGAAAGCAUUCGACGCAGGAACUAAUGUGCCCUCUCAAGCGAAGCUCAACGCCAGCGACAAAGCAAUCAUUGCCCAAAACCCUCGUCAAUUCAAUUUCAGCCUCUGGAGUGGACUGCCAAACCGGUGCAUCGACCAAUGCUUCGGAGAAGAGCUCGCCAAGCAACUUGUUGCAAUCAAGUUGAUCAAAGUGGAGCCCCGUCCGGUAGAGAAGCCUCCAGUCGCCCAGCAUCCAGCCGAGCCGUGUCUAGCAGAGCAGCGUCUAGUCGCGCAGCGUCGCGACUUGGAUAUUCAGGUAGCGGAAGCAGCUGGCUUCCAUCGAGCCAUGAACAUCUGGAACCAAGUGCUUAGUCACCAUACCCACGCUGCCCAGGAGGAACUGCGCUGUCAGGCCGCCCUGCUAGCCCACCUACUCGCUCCUUACAACAUCGAGGAUUCCAGUUCCCUGCCUGGCAAGUUCAGCGGUUUCUACUGUGGACUCAGGUGUCCGGAACGGCUCCAAGAAGGUGAUCCCAGAGAUCUUGUGCCACAGUCAAGCUACUACGAUGAGUUCUUGAAUGUCUUGAACAAGCGUCAGGUGUACUUGUCUAAGUUCCCUAUUGUCUAG